AGGAUACAUUUACAGCACGUUAUUAAAAAGGAGCUGAAGAUCUGUUUCGUGGAGAGACUUGGGGACUCUCUGGCCCAUAUGAGGAAUUCAGUGGCUGUUUUUCUGUUGUGAACCGUGGGAAUCGAGAUCAAGGGCGAUUCUUGUGCUAAAGAACAGCGCCACAGAACUGGAGCUGUGUGAGAGGCAGAAAGGUGAUACGCUUGAGGUAUCCUGCAGCUUGGUAGAGAUAAACGGCUGUCCAGGUGGGAGAAACAACUCAGGAAAGAAUUCUCCUUGGUUUCUUUGAGAAGAGGAGGACUCUGGAAUGCUGAUGAUCUAAGAACUACUGAAACUGCCACUGGAUUCAUUCUGUGAUCCUGCCUUUCUGCCCUGCUGCACCCUGGUGACGCUGCCCAUUCUUUUCCGUUUGAGAACGUUUUUCUUCUUAUGUGGAGCUGAGGGCUGGGAAUGCGUUAUUAUGGCAGCAGUUGUACAGCAGAAUGAGCUUGUGUUUGAAUUCGCCAGCAACGUCAUGGAGGAUGAGCAGCAGCUUGGUGAUCCAUCCAUUUUCCCUGCUGUCAUCGUGGAACAUGUCCCUAGCGGAGAUCUCCUAAACAACUAUUCUGGCUUAACCUGUGUGGAUGAGCCCAGUGACAUGAUCACUGAGAAUUCUCUGGAUGUUGCAGAGGAGCAAAUCAUUGAAGAUGAUGAUAUCCCCCUCACAGUUGAAACAUCGUGUCAUAAUGGAGACGAAACUAUGGAAACAAUUGAGGCUGCUGAAGCACUUCUCAAUAUGGACUCCCCUGGUCCUAUGUUGGAUGAAAAAAGAAUAACAACUAUGUUUGGCUCAACUGAAGAUGAAGAUAUAGUGGCUCCUAUUACACAUGUAUCAGUCACUCUCGAUGGGAUCCCUGAGGUUGUGGAAGUUCACCAAGCCACAGACCCUUACGCUGAGUCACCAGGGACUUUAGAAUUUGAACAACCAAAGAAGAAAAAGGGGAAGAAGCCCAAACCCGCUCGUCCCGAGUCCCCUACAACAACUCCAAACAUAUCUGUGAAAAAGAAAAACAAAGAUGGAAAGGGAAACACGAUUUAUCUCUGGGAGUUUUUACUAGCACUGCUUCAGGACAAAGCUACGUGUCCUAAGUAUAUCAAAUGGACUCAAAGAGAGAAGGGCAUUUUCAAACUCGUAGAUUCCAAGGCCGUGUCCAGGUUGUGGGGAAAACACAAAAACAAACCUGACAUGAAUUAUGAAACAAUGGGUAGAGCUCUCAGAUAUUAUUACCAAAGAGGAAUACUGGCUAAAGUAGAAGGUCAGCGCCUAGUGUAUCAGUUUAAAGAAAUGCCAAAAGAUCUCGUCUAUAUAGAUGAUGAAGAUGCAAGUCCUAGCACUGAAUCAUCAGAUUCAAGUUUGCUCUCAACUCCUGUGGCCAGUCGAAACCAGACGAGCAGAUCUAGAGCAUCUAACACAGGAACAAAGGGAGGAUCCACCACAGUUCUAAAAACAGGAAAUUCAAAGCCUGCGAAGCUUAAGGAGCACGUAGAAGUUGUACAGCAGCAAACACCUGGCUUGACUUCAGAAGUUUUGAGGACAAUGCAGUCUACGCAGCCAGUACAUCCCACUCAACUUUUUCGGACAGUUCACGUAAUGCAGCCAUUGCAUACCCUCACAGAAGGACACGCAGCUGUAACCAGUAACGUUCCAGAUGAAACAUUAAAUCCUUCAGUUCAGAAUAUAAGGACUUUACAGACUCCGACCCAAGUUCCAGUGGUUGUUUCUCCUGGAAAUCAGCAGCUGCAUACUGUAACACUCCAGACGGUGCCUCUUACUACAGUGAUAGCCAGCACGGAUCCAACCUCCGCGGCAACACCCCAAAAGUUUAUUUUACAAGCCAUUCCUACUUCACAGCCCAUGACAGUCCUUAAAGAAAACGUCAUGCUUCAGUCUCAGAAGCCAGUCUCACCUCCUUCCUCAAUUGUGCUGAGCCCAGCACAAGUUCAGCAGGUUCUCACCAGCAGCGUGCAGACAAUUUGCAAUGGAACAGUUAAUGUGGCUUCGUCUCCAUCAUUCACUGCCACCACCCCAGUGGUAACUAUUUCACCCAGCAGUUCACAGGUGGUUGCUCAUCCAUCCGGCACAGUGAUCACUUCAGUUAUUAAAGCGCCAGAAACUAAACAGAUUGGGGUGCAAGGAGUGCUAAAAGAAGAUGACGGUGACAAAUUAGAUGAUCCUGAGCAGUCAGAGCAGAGAUUCCAGCAGCAGCCGUUUGUGAUGGUAGUAUCCAGUUCAAAUAGUUUCCCACCUAACAUACAAGCAAAGCAAGAAAAUGAGCCAUCGGAACCCAAUUCUUAUUAA